GAACUGCAGCCUGUGUUGGGCGUAUGCGCAGAGUGGGCAUGCUGAAUUAUCGCAGGAUCUACAACUGGACGUUUUUCGCUUUCAUUCGCGUCAGAUUGAUACUCUCAAACCCGGACGUAACCAACGCCUAGUCGCCGGAGAGGAACGAUGCAGACCAUAAAGUGUGUGGUGGUUGGAGAUGGAGCUGUCGGAAAGACCUGCCUCCUCAUCUCAUACACAACCAACAAAUUCCCCUCUGAAUAUGUUCCCACGGUUUUUGACAACUAUGCUGUCACAGUGAUGAUCGGAGGGGAACCGUAUACACUGGGGCUUUUCGACACAGCAGGUCAGGAAGACUAUGACAGACUUCGGCCUCUCAGCUAUCCGCAGACAGACGUAUUCCUUGUUUGCUUCUCUGUUGUUUCUCCUUCCUCCUUUGAGAAUGUGAAAGAGAAGUGGGUACCGGAGAUCUCUCACCACUGUCCACGCACUCCAUUCCUUCUGGUGGGCACUCAGGUUGACCUGAGGGACGACAGUAACACUGUGGAAAAACUUGCCAAAAACAAGCAGCGCCCCAUAUCGCCUGAGAGCGGGGAGAAGCUGGCCAGAGACCUCAGAGCUGUCAAAUACGUGGAGUGCUCCGCCCUCACACAGAGAGGCCUUAAGAAUGUUUUCGACGAGGCGAUACUCGCUGCCCUUGAACCUCCAGAGACCAAACCCAAGAAGCGCUGCAUCCUUUUGUAGGAACACAAGCAGUGGGUUUUGCACUCACUCCAACUAGAGAGGCAGAAAAAAGGAAACAUUCUGGUGGGGUUUUUAAGUUUGGUUGGGCUUGGAUUUGGAGUAGAGAGUUAUUAUUGGGAAAAAUCAUGGGAACAAAACAGCAAAAAAAAGAAAACGUGAUACUUGAGGAAUUUGGCAAAAAAAAAUGGUAUUGCAAACAAAUAAAUGCACACUGUGCCUUUCUUAAUGUUUCUAGAAGAACGGAAGUAAUUAGAGAACCCUGUAACCAAUAACACCCCUACAAACAAAGAUAUAAAAAAAUACAGGCGCACGUUAUGCAUGUGAUGCCUACAGAACAACAUAUAGAUCCACUUUAAUGCUUUAAGUGUCAGUUACAUGUAAUCGAUCCAAAAAAAAAUGUGCGACAGUGGCACAAAUACAUGAGAUUAAAUGCUUCAGGUUUCUGAUCGCCAUCAAAAAUGAAUGAUUUGAAAUGCUUUUGCUGGACAAAUGUCGGGUUUGUCCCCGACACAUGCUUUGCUCUAAGCUGCACAAGGGUUGGUUAGCACACAAUGUCUAAAAACAGCACAUUUUAUGAAGUGUAAAGCCGAACAUGCCGACUGCUCUGAUGAGCGCUUCUGCAGGGCUCGACUAUUUGCUCUGUAACCUGUGGAUAGUGUUGCGUGCAGUAAGCUGAUUUCAGCUUUCUUGAAUCUCUUCAGUUGAGCAUUUUCGCUACAUUGCAAAAUUGCCAAGGGCACAAAGGCGAUUCUUGACAAAUUAGCCUUUUAGUGUUGCUUUAGGGUGUGUUUUCAGUUUUUUAAUGUUGCGUUUUUGCCUGUUCUAGAUGUUGGACUCACACGACACCUUUAGGCAGGUUCUGUCCUAUAUGUGGUCACUUACUGUUGUUAAUAGGUACUGGACUGGAUCUGGCACAAAAGCAAGCUAACGUUAUUGGUUUGGGCGUAUAAUUAGCUCUAAUCACUGACAAUGGCGUUGAAAUAGAACAUAUACAAAAAUAAACCGUAACAAUUUUAGAUAUUUUAAUUAUUAAAAACAGUUUUAAUGUUGGAUCAGAGUGUUAUGGCUAUAGGAAUCUCUCACUAUGGCCACAUCCCCUCCGAAGUAACGUGUUAUAUGGUUUAUAAGAGAGUUUGGGACUUUUUUGUGGGAGCCAAUGGAUUCUUAGUUCACAAGCAUUUGUUUCUUCCUGUAUGAGCCAGACUGUUCUCUUCUUCUGUGGUUCAUGCUCCUAGAAUCUCUUAAGUGCAUUUACUCUCAAGCCAUGCAGUGCCUUCUGCUGGCCGUUUAGAAAACUGAAUUUUAUUUUGUGUUUUUUUUUGCCUUUUUCUCUUUUUGUUUUGACUUGGACUAUGUUGUAUUAAAUGUAUUACUGUUUCCUCUUGGGUGAAUGAAUUUAGUAGUGACACAUUUUGAAACGAGUUUUUUUUAUGAUUUUUUUUUUUUUGCUAGAGUACCAUUUGAUUGUGAUUUAUUAAUAAAAUAACAAAUUGAAAUGUAAUAUUUUGAAUAACUGAUUUUAACAGUCGUGUGAGUAAAAAGGAGGAUAACUGAUGAUAAUGGCGGUUUAAAAUGUGGCCUUUUCUUAGUCAAGUUCUGCGGUGUUUGGAAUCUCACUAUAUUUGUAAUAAAAGUGGUGCGACUGACA